UCAGUCAGAUAGAUUCUAAUACUGCGGGUGAUGUGUGUGAAUCAGUCAGAUAGAUUCUAAUACUGCGGGUGAUGUGUGUGAAUCAGUCAGAUAGAUUCAAAUACUGUGGGUGAUGUGUGUGAAUCAGUCAGAUAGAUUCAAAUACUGUGGGUGAUGUGCGGGAAUCAGUCAGAUAGAUUCUAAUACUGUGGGUGAUGUGCGGGAAUCAGUCAGAUAGAUUCUAAUACUGCGGGUGAUGUUCGGGAAUCAGUCAAACAGCUUCUUCCUUGGGGUUUGGCUGAAACGUUUAGGUACCUCUGAAAGAAUGAAUCUCUACCUUUACACUAUUUUCUACCUCAUCUCUAGGCUUUGAGAGGGUGAGAGAGAGGUAGAGAGGCUAUGGGAUGGUUAGAGAGAGGUAGAGAGGCUAUGAGAUGGUUAGAGAGAGGUAGAGAGGCUAUGGGAUGGUUAGAGAGAGGUAGAGAGGCUAUGGGAUGUUAGAGAGAGGUAGAGAGGCUAUGGGAUGGUUAGAGAGAGGUAGAUAGGCUAUGGGAUGGUUAGAGAGAGGUAGAUAGGCUAUGGGAUGGUUAGAGAGAUGUAGAGAGGCUAUGGGAUGGUUAGAGAGAGGUAGAGAGGCUAUGAGAUGGUUAGAGAGAGGUAGAGAGGCUAUGAGAUGGUUAGAGAGAGGUAGAGAGGCUAUGAGAUGGUUAGAGAGAGGUAGAGAGGCUAUGAGAUGGUUAGAGAGAGGUAGAGAGGCUAUGGGAUGGUUAGAGAGAGGUAGAGAGGCUUUGGGAUGGUUAGAGAGAGGUAGAGAGGCUUUGAGAUGGUUAGAGAGAGGUAGAGAGGCUAUGAGAUGGUUAGAGAGAGGUAGAGAGGCUAUGGGAUGGUUAGAGAGAGGUAGAGAGGCUAUGGGAUGGUUAGAGAGAGGUAGAGAGGCUAUGGGAUGGUUAAAGAGAGGUAGAGAGGCUAUAGGAUGGUUAGAGAGAGGUAGAGAGGCUAUGGGAUGGUUAGAGAGAGGUAGAGAGGCUAUGAGAUGGUUAGAGAGAGGUAGAGAGGCUAUGAGAUGGUUAGAGAGAGGUAGAGAGGCUAUGAGAAGGUUAGAGAGAGGUAGAGAGGCUAUGAGAUGGUUAGAGAGAGGUAGAGAGGCUAUGGGAUGGUUAGAGAGAGGUAGAGAGGCUUUGGGAUGGUUAGAGAGAGGUAGAGAGGCUUUGAGAUGGUUAGAGAGAGGUAGAGAGGCUAUGAGAUGGUUAGAGAGAGGUAGAGAGGCUAUGGGAUGGUUAGAGAGAGGUAGAGAGGCUAUGGGAUGGUUAGAGAGAGGUAGAGAGGCUAUGGGAUGGUUAAAGAGAGGUAGAGAGGCUAUGGGAUGGUUAGAGAGAGGUAGAGAGGCUAUGGGAUGGUUAGAGAGAGGUAGAGAGGCUAUGAGAUGGUUAGAGAGAGGUAGAGAGGCUAUGAGAUGGUUAGAGAGAGGUAGAGAGGCUAUGAGAUGGUUAGAGAGAGGUAGAGAGGCUAUGGGAUGGUUAGAGAGAGGUAGAGAGGCUAUUGGAUGGUUAGAGAGGUAGAGCGGCUAUGGGAUGGUUAGAGAGAGGUAGAGAGGCUAUGGGAUGGUGAGAGAGAGGUAGAGAGGCUAUGGGAUGGUUAGAGAUAGGUAGAGAGGCUAUGGGAUGGUUAGAGAUAGGUAGAUAGGCUAUGGGAUGGUUAGAGAGAGGUAGAGAGGCUAUGGGAUGGUUAGAGAGAGGUAGAGAGGCUAUGAGAUGGUUAGAGAGAGGUAGAGAGGCUAUGGGGUGGUUAGAGAGAGGUAGAGAGCCUAUGAGAUGGUUAGAGAGGUAGAAAGGCUAUGGGAUGGUUAGAGAGAGGUAGAGAGGCUAUGGGAUGGUUAGAGAGGUAGAGAGGCUAUGGGAUGGUUAGAGAGAGGUAGAGAGGCUAUGGGAUGGUUAGAGAGAUGUAGAGAGGCUAUGAGAUGGUUAGAGAGAUGUAGAGAGGCUAUGGGAUGGUUAGAGAUAUGUAGAGAGGCUAUGGGAUGGUUAGAGAGAUGUAGAGAGGCUAUGGGAUGGUUAGAGAGAGGUAGAGAGGCUAUGAGAUGGUUAGAGAGAGGUAGAGAGGCUAUGAGAUGGUUAGAGAGAGGUAUAGAGGCUAUGAGAUGGUUAGAGAGAGGUAGAGAGGCUAUGGGAUGGUUAGAGAGAGGUAGAGAUGCUAUGGGAUGGUUAGAGAGAGGCAGAGAGGCUAUGAGAUGGUUAGAGAGAGGUAGAGAGGCUAUGGGAUGGUUAGAGAGAGGUAGAGAGGCUAUGGGAUGGUUAUAGAGAGGUAGAGAGGCUAUGGGAUGGUUAGAGAGAGGUAGAGAGGCUAUGAGAUGGUUAGAGAGAGGUAGAGAGGCUAUGAGAUGGUUAGAGAGAGGUAGAGAGGCUAUGAGAUGGUUAGAGAGAGGUAGAGAGGCUAUGUGAUGGUUAGAGAGAGGUAGAGAGGCUAUGGGAUGGUUAGAGAUAGGUAGAUAGGCUAUGGGAUGGUUAGAGAGAGGUAGAGAGGCUAUAGGAUGGUGAGAGAGAGGUAGAGAGGCUAUGGGAUGCUUAGAGAUAGGUAGAUAGGCUAUGGGAUGGUUAGAGAGAGGUAGAGAGGCUAUGGGAUGGUGAGAGAGAGGUAGAGAGGCUAUGGGAUGGUUAGAGAUAGGUAGAUAGGCUAUGGGAUGGUUAGAGAGAGGUAGAGAGGCUAUGGGGUGGUUAGAGAGAGGUAGAGAGGCUAUGGGAUGGUUAGAGAGGUAGAGAGGCUAUGGGAUGGUUAGAGAGAGGUAGAGAGGCUAUGGGAUGGUGAGAGAGAGGUAGAGAGGCUAUGGGAUGCUUAGAGAUAGGUAGAUAGGCUAUGGGAUGGUUAGAGAGAGGUAGAGAGGCUAUGGGAUGGUGAGAGAGAGGUAGAGAGGCUAUGGGAUGGUUAGAGAGGUAGAGAGGCUAUGAGAUGGUUAGAGAGAGGUAGAGGCUAUGGGAUGGUGAGAGAGAGGUAGAGAGGCUAUGGGAUGCUUAGAGAUAGGUAGAUAGGCUAUGGGAUGGUUAGAGAGAGGUAGAGAGGCUAUGGGAUGGUGAGAGAGAGGUAGAGAGGCUAUGGGAUGGUUAGAGAUAGGUAGAUAGGCUAUGGGAUGGUUAGAGAGAGGUAGAGAGGCUAUGGGAUGGUUAGAGAGGGCUCCGUAACAUCUGGUGAAAAUGGGACGAGAGGUCAGGGGUCAGUCUCUGUCUGGAGAGCUGAAGGAACCAGAGGGUUUUAACCACCACCCUGAUGCUGCCUGCCUGUCAAUCAAUCACCAGCUACAGAUCCGGGAGGUGGGGAGGGACCAGGGCCAAAUGAGACAGGGAGAAAGAGAGUGAAAAAGGAGAGCGGGAGAGGAAGACAGAGACAGAGACAGAGAGAGAGAGAGAGAGAGAGAGAGAGAGAGAGAGAGAGAGAGAGAGAGAGAGAGAGAGAGAGAAAAAGACAGAGAGAGAGAGAGAGAGA